AUGAGCGGAAUAUUUGCUGCAAUUGUUUGGUGGACACCAUCAUUUAAACAGCCUUCUGGAGAUUUUCCCGUGUUGCUCUACGGUAUCUGGAUUGCCGCAUACUGCUUCCAUCAGGUGGCUUCAUACAGCAUGUUCGUUUCGAUGAUGGCGUUCAACGCGCAAGUGUCCGAUCCGGCUAUCGGCGGUACGUACAUGACGCUGCUUAAUACGCUCAACAAUCUUGGUGGUAAUUGGCCGGUCACAUUAAUUCUUUCUCUCACCGAUCAUUUUACUUUCAAAAACUGCGUCUUGAAAGGGACCAAAACCGUUCUGCGCUCGUGCGACACGAAAGUUUUGUCGGAGCAGUGCGUGACUGAAGGGAAUGUGUGCGAAUUGGCUGUGGAUGGAUAUUAUAUUGCUGUGGCACUGUGCUCCGUCGUUGGGCUCAUUUGGUACAAAAUGCUUUAUAGGAAAAUCAAAUAUUUCCAAAAAAUCCCGCGCAAGGACUGGAGUGUUGUAAAGCGAUAA